ACAGAGAGAGAGAGACACACACAGAGAGAGAGAGAGAGAUGUCCAGCUUUUGGCAAUAAAACCACUUGAAGUAACACUGACAGAGGGGAUUUGCACAUGAAGAUGCGUCUUCACUUCUGCCUCUGAUCAACGAGACGAAAGCAGCUGACCUCUGAAGUGCUGUGAAAUCAUCUCGACAUCUGCAGUCACAAGAUGUUUCCCAACACCUCUCAGUCUCUUCUCAUCCCCGAGACUUCCAAGAAUGACGAGGGGACAACUGUGGACAUUGACGCCAUCAUGGACAACGUGUCAAUUGUCCUCUACACGCUGACCGUCGUGCUCGGCAUCACAGGGAACUCCAUGGUGAUCUGGGUGGCCGGAUUCAAGCUCAAGCCAACUGUGACCAAUGUGUGGCUGGUGAAUCUGGCGAUAGCGGACCUGAUCUUCUGCUUCACACGUGUCUUUUCACUCACAAAGAAGCUCUUCUUCAACCACUGGCCCUUUGGCAUCUUUCUCUGCAAAUUCAACGGCUUCUUCAAAUAUGCCAACAUGUUCUGCUCUGUGUUCCUGUUGGCGGUGAUCAGUUUGGACCGAGCGCUCUGCAUAUGGCAGCCUGUCUUCACCAAGCGACGACGCACCCUGUGGGCGGCAAGGGUGGUGGCUGCCUGCGUCUGGGCCACUGCAAUCAUCUUCAGCUCUCCGUACUUCGCCUUCCGCCAAGUGUACCAGAAGAACAACCUGAGUAAGUGCUCUGUGGACGUGAAGGAGGCGGCGAAGGGUGACAGCAGCUCUAAACUUGCUCUCUAUACCAUCCGCUUCCUGUGUGGCUUCAUGUUGCCUUUCAUGGUCAUCCUCAUCUGUUAUAUCCUGGCUGGCAUUGGCAUCAAACGUACCCGCCUGUCAAAGAAGUCCCGCCCUCUGCGUAUAUUAGCAUCUUUAGUCAUUGCUUUCUUCUUGUGCUGGGCGCCGUACCACUGCCUUCUGCUGGUGAAGAUGGUGGACAAUAAGAACCCAGUGGUGAAGAUCUGGCACCCUGUGGCGUCGGGCAUCGCCUACUUCAACAGCUGUGUGAACCCCCUGUUGUACUUCUGCAUGGGGCUGGACGUGAGGGGCCGGUUCAGGCAGAGUUUGGCGGGGGUGUACAGGAGAGCUCUGGCAGAGGACGUGGACGGACAGACAACCCAGUCCAACGAGCGCUCUGUGGAUGACAGCAUUGAUUCGAAACACAGCACCGUGGUGGCAACAGGGAGGAGUCGGACUUCAGUGGAUGUAGCAAAAGUCUGAGUUUCCUGAACACAUGUUUGAGUAUUUAAGAGCCAUAUUUUUUUGUUUUAUCAUGUUUUAAGCCAUUCAAAUCAUAUGAAAAUGGAAUUUAAUGGUUGUUAGCUGUGCAUGAUUGAGAUCAAAUCCCUCAGAUAUGAUUGAACAACUCAAAACCAGGCCUGUUUUGAGUUAUAACAAGCUGUAGAUAACUGUUGGCCUACACCUUCACCUCCCUCACCUGGCUUAACUCCUGGAGGGAUGGUCUUUUCAUUAAACUGGGCUAUUGAUAAGGUAAAAAGGCGAGUAUAUUUUUUAAGAUUGGUGCUACAUACCGCUCUCCAGUGUUUGAUUAAAACUGCCCAGAACAUCACUGGCACUCAUCAACAGUGAUAUUGGUGAAGUGAGAUGUCUGCACAAGAUAUUAAAAGACAACAUCCACCCCAGCCACAGUCCAUUCAGCCCUGCUAUCAUCUGGCAAAAGAUAUAGAAGUAUCCGCUGCCCUAACACCAGACUACAGAGCAGCUUCACUCCCCAGGUCACAUUCAACUCCUCAAUUCAUCAUCAAGAUUACAUUUUCUCAAAUAGAUGUAGCACAAAGGACUAAAAUACAGCUGUUUUUAAACCCCUGUAAAUUAAAAAUGACAAUAAAUGUAACUUGUAACCUUGUAAAAUGAGAGAAAAAGGGCUGUGGUAGGAAGUAUCCAUCUCUUGAAUAACUGUCCCGUUGCACUUUCCCCUUGUUUUGUUUCUGAGUAACAUUAAUUGCAGUAUUAAUGCAAGGAAAUGCAAAACCACAGGUUUGGCCCUUUAAGAACUGAGACUGUCUUUCUAUUGUAAUUAUCACCGGGAGUAUUUCCUACUCAGACUUGAAAAAAUUGCACUUGUCAGUAUUGAUUUUGAAUUGUACUUGUCUAAACUGCUGAUCCUACAGAGAUGAGACUGGCUAUAGACACAUGAUCUUAAAAUUAACGUGUUGAUAAACUGAGGUCAGGUUCACAUUUUCCUGUAAAAUUGUGUUUUGCUGCAUAAAAAGUGGAACUGUGGUGAGUCUGGAGGGACACAGAGGGUGGCAGAAGGAAGCAAGACUAUUAAAAGGAAAGUCUGUACUGACUUUAGUCAUGACACUGUCUGGUGUUCAGAGGUCGCACUGAAGGUGAAGAGGAACUGAAACUGUAAAGAAGCAUUUCAUGGUAAUCUGUCACUUGGUUUUCUAUUAGCACUUUCAUUUUUCAAACUGCUGAAAAGAUUUCAUCAGCUGUAACCACAGAGAAGAUGAGUUUUAUGGCUUUCAUGGGCUGUGGACAGUCAAAUAAAGACUCGAAGCUGGUCAGUCAACAAUGAGCAUCAGUCCUUAGCAACCAGCUCAUAAAACACUGUUGUACACGCUCUGCAGAUUACUUACACAUCAUUAGGAAACAUGUCUGUGCAAUCAGACUGUUUAUGUUGAGCUCACUGUACUUUAGGUUUUAUGGUGUCACUGUUCUGUAUCAUGUUGAAUGUCACAGUUUUACUCUUUGAUUUAAAGUUCACUGCAGCAAUGGCCAAGCUCUGAGAUUCUGUAAAUAAUAUAACUGUGUAAAUACUAUAAGACAACAGAUAAACUGUAACAUGAAUUAAAAAGCUUUAAAAGUUGGAGCACAUCUUGAUAUAUUAUUUACAUUAUUUGAUCAUGCAUGGGAUAAUAAAUAUGAGUGUUAUUUUAUGGUUUAAAGACGGUUUCAUUUCACAGCACGAAAACCAAAACACAAGCUCAGCUAAUGCAAUAACUUCUGCCUUUUAGAAAGUUUACUUAAACUAAAACCCAUAAAAUGCCAUUGUUAUGAGAAGACUAUUUGGUAACAUCAGUGGUUGAGCUCUGGUUCCUCUUCUGGAGGGAUGACAUGAGAGACAAAUAUAAAUAGGCAAAACAAAAUGGAAAGAGGAUGUGACCUUCCGUUUAGUGGAAGAGUUGCAAGAAAGCUUAAACAUCAGAAGUUUCUCUAAAUCACUCACUGCCUUUGACCAGGCUGUUUGACAAUGGCAGUUUUUUUUGUUCCUUUAUUGUUUGGUCAUAAACCACUUUUGAAUUUAAUUUCAUGAUUAAACAAAGGUCAUAACCCUUCUGGUGCUGCUGCCAGUGUGUAAUAAAUCUCCCGAUAAUGUAAAGGACACAUUGCUGUGUAUGAAGUGCAACGUUUCUAUUCACAGCAACACGAACACACACUGUAAAUCUUUAACUAAACUGCACAACAGAGGAGUGAAAAUGACAUCUGAAGGAGCAAAUACAAAGUUAGAAAGAAAGAAAGAAAGAAA